UGUGUCAAUCAUUUUCGUAGCGUCCUAUACACCGACUCACACUCACACUCCACCUUCCUCAACCGUAUUCCCACAAGGAACCACAGAGCAGACCGCACAGACCACACCGCACUGCCAAUAUUUACCGUCUAGAAAGCGACGGGCCAUCGGUGAAAAAGAUACAACCAUGGGUAACGCACUUGGAUACCUGAAAUGGCUGGUGAGCAGCAACCAAACAUUCGCACCUGAUCGGAAAGAAGAUUUCGUGAAGACAAACAUCGGUUUUCCGUGCCGUGUGGUGACCGGGAACAACGCCGUGCAGUCUGUCUUUGACAUCGACCUUUUCCGAAAGGAGGAGUUCUAUUUUGGGCUGGUAGAAGUCCGGAAGGACUUUACGGAGGGCGUUUGCCCCUGCAUCGCGUCUAACGGGAAAAUCCACGAGAGAAACAAGGCGCUGAUGAUGGACGUCAUCGCCCGCGCUUACGAAGAGAUUCCAGCAUCAACAGCAGAUGCCGUGCUGUCCAACAUCGCCACCUGGGGAAACAGACCAGCCGGCUUCGAAUCAAAGUUAAUGGCAGUGUCGGCGAGCGCUCUUCUCCCCACCAUCUUCGGGAGAUCAACACGUUUCAAUCCCGAGGAUGUCAACCUCUACAUCAAAGGUUCAACUGAGUUAAGAUCAGACAUCUUGGCCGUGUUGACGGGUGAAGAUCGUACUGAAGCAGGACGGGGGAUGAGGUCUGUCCUGAAGAAAAUAAAGACAUCAGACAGGUACCGCCAUCUGAUAGAUCUGGGUAGAUCACAUGGAUUAGACGAGGCGUCGACCACGGGACAACUGCUCUUCUCGGUAAUGUUCAACGGAGUCGGCGGCAUCACAGUAAACCUGGUGCCUUCCUUCGCCCGGCUGGACACCAUCAGCGCGGAGGACCGGGAGGAGCUACGGGAGGAAGCGCUUGCCGCCCUGAGGAAACACGGAGGCCUGACCCGGGCGGCCCUGGAGGACAUGCCGAAAACUGAGAGCUUCGUGUUGGAAGUACUGCGAACCGGUCCCAGCCCGGACUUCUGGAGCACCAUUGCGACACGCCAAACAACUGUGAAGUACACAACUGCAAGUGGUUCAAAGAAGGCCAAGAUUGAAGAUGGCGAACGUGUGUACGCCAGUUCCUACUGGGCAUUACGGGAUCCCGCUGUGUUCGACAAACCAGACGACUUCGUGUGGCGGAGGUUUCUCGGUCCAGAGGGAGAAGCUCGCCGGGAACACCACGUCAUCUUUCACGGCCGACUCACGGAUACACCCGCGGUCAACAACCACAUGUGCCCGGGUAGAGACGUCGCGCUGUCCGUGAUCAAAGGCAGCAUCGCCGUCCUCAACACGUUCUUCGGAUGGGAACUCCAGGAGCCGCCGGUGUGGACUGGGUCGAAGGCAGCUCGUCUCGGUCAGCCUGACAACGAAGUGAAAGUCAGGUCCUUCUGGCUGCAACAUCCUGACGACUUGAAAGAGAUUUUUCCGUCACACUUUGAUGACAUUUCUGACGGAAUGGAUGAAAGUCCUGACGUUGAUGGCAUUGACGUCCUCGUCAAAACGAAGACAGGGACGUAUUGUGGGGCUGGAACUGAUUCCGACGUCUACAUCCGUCUGUAUGACGACAAAGGUCAUCAGUCCCAGGCAUGUCAGCUGGAUGUGUGGUGGAAAGAUGACUUUGAAAGAGGGCGUGAGGGGCAGUACAGACUGAAUGACGUGAAAGUGGCAGCCCCGAUUCUUCAGCUGGAGCUGUGGCGGGAAGACGACCCUGAUGACGACUGGUACUGUGACACAAUCUCCGUACAACUCAACCCGAACAACAACGGACCGACAUACGACUUCCCUGUCCAUCGCUGGAUCAAGGAAAAUGAUCACGUGUGGUUGAUUCCCGGAGAUUGUGAGCUCCCUCAGGACGACCUGAACCCUCAGGACCGCGCGGAUGAACUGUUGAUGAUGAAAGAGCGUUACGCGUCUGUAUCAGCUCCUGGAAUGCUACCUGGGGUGGCAACAUUGCCUGUAGAGGAGGAGUUUACCAAACAACGAAAGAGGGAUAUGAAAAGAACUAAACUCAUGAUGGGGUUUACCAACUUGCCGAUUCACAUCUUUGGCGGGCGAUUCAACAGCUUUCAGAGUUUCAAGGAAGCCUUUCCACCUGGCAAAGUUCCGAAGGGCAUGUUCCGGUGGGAAGCAGACGUAACGUUUGGUGCACAGCGACUGCGCGGAGUCAACCCAACCUCUAUAAAACUCUGCCAGAAGAUUCCCAAAAAGUUUGGUGUCACGGCCGACAUGUUGGAACCAGUACUAGGUGUCAAGCUUGGAGAAGCUCUGGAAAAGAAGCGCUUGUACAUCGUGGAUCACUCACACAUGGGUAUUUCUGCCUUCAAGAACCAAGGCAGGCCUAUGUGUGCACCAUAUGGUCUGUUUUUCGUCAACGACAACAAAGAUCUGGUGCCUGUAGCCAUCCAACUGUACCCUAACGACGGAGGAAAGCAGCAUCCGGUGUUCCUGCCAAGCGAUCCCGAGUACACCUGGCUUUAUGCCAAGAUGUGGUUCAACUGCGCAGAUGGGAACUACCACGAGGCUGUACCCCACCUUGGUUUUACCCACCUCGUGGUUGAGGCAUGCGCUCUUGCGGCCAAGACAACACUCUCCCGCUCACACCCGAUCCAGCGCCUCCUGGAGCCUCACUUUUUCAACCUGAUGGCCAUCAACGACUUUGGAAGGGAAGCCUUGAUCAACGAAGGCGGCGGCCUUACCCAAAUCACGAUGAUCGGAGAGAAGGGUGCCUUCGAGCUGAUGAAAAAAAGACUGAAGACAUGGCGAAUGGACGUGGAUGGGACGCUUCCAGAAGACCUCAAGGCACGAGGCGUGGACGAUGUGAAGGCCCUCCCAAAGUACUACUAUAGGGACGACGCGAUGCCAACUUACAACGCCAUUAAAGAAUAUGUCACAGGAGUGGUGAAGAUAUUCUAUGGCAACGCUGAUCGAUCCACAAAACUACAGAAAGAUCACGAGAUCCAGGCCUUUGCAGAGGCUCUUGUUUCUACAGAGGGUGGGAAAACUGCGAUCAAGGGAAUCCCCGGAAACGGGAAGUUCUCCACACUGGAUGAGCUGAUCCAGACCCUCACCUCCAUCAUCUUCACCAGCAGCGUGCAGCACGCAGCCGUCAACUUCAUGCAGCUAGACCAGUACGGCUUCGUACCAGCCAUGCCGCUCAUGUUGAUCAAGGAUCCACCCAGUACUAAGGCUGCAUUGACGGAGCAGGACGUCCUGGACGCACUUCCAGCAAAGAAAGACGCCGCUAAAAUCAACACUCUGGGGUUGAUCCUCAGUGAACGCGCGACGCAACCUCUGGGUGACUUUGAGGUCGACUACCUCCGGGGAGAGGAGGUUGACCAAGUCAUCUUUGAGUUUCAGCAAGAACUGAGCCGCAUCUCCAACGAGAUCAAGUAUAAAAACAAGAGGAAACGUUUCCAGCCGUACGAUUAUCUGGACCCCCAGAACAUCCCCAACGCCAUCAGCAUCUAGGAGUCUUCACUACAGUGAAAAAUUACAGUGAACUGGGUCAUUUGUAGUAACUAAAGCAUCACUAUGGUCAACAAGUAUGUGAUAGAUCAAAACAAUGAUGUGAACAGACUAUCGACAUAGUGUUACCAUUUGAACAAAUAACUACUUAGUACUAGUUUCAAUCCACAUGUAUUGACAACGGUUUAUUAUACGACGCAUAUAUAUCAAAAUAAUACUAAAAGCGUUUCGUCGAUUUUGUUCAAGCCUUUCUUUCUGGAUUUCAGCAAAGCAGUUAGUCCAACGUAAGCUCAUAGUUAUGAUUGUAACAAGAAAGUAAAAGACAUGGGCUUAAUUAUGAUAGCAACAAAACUUGUUGUAGUAUUUUGUAGUUUCAUUUUCCGGAGGUUUGUUUUUUCAGUCUUGUAGGUUUAUUUAGCUUUAGUUUUGACAUGAUAUAUAGCAACAAAAAUUAGGCCCAUUGUCCCUGAAAAUAUGCAGGCACGAAUGCGAUUAGCUGGCAGCCGUCUCAAUAUCAACAGCUUCAAGUAUUUUAUAUUCUGUAGUUGGGACAGUGCUUUGCCAUUGAUGUUCCUUUUAGUGUGAUGCUGAACAAUUUUUACUCGUGAAACCGGACUAUUCUAGAUUGCUUGGACACUGAUGCAUAAAACGUACUGUGUGGGAGUAGAAGUAGAAAGUGGUGAUAUAUAUAACAUCUGUUGUUUCGAUUAGAAAGAUUCAUCACAUGUCUAGUAGUUUGUAGUAGUAUAUAACGUGUUUUAGAUAAAGUAGGCACCUGGCGAUCAGUAUUGUCUGUCAUCCUGGAAGUACUCUGCCUAAAAUAAAGACCACUCAAACUCGGUUCUCAGUCAUCUGAACCUGUUUUAGAUCAGAAAUGUGAACAUCCAUCCUGAACAUGGUCUCUCUAGUCUUUUCCACUGUAGUUUUGUUUUACCUGACCACGUCUGACGGUAACCAACAGAAAAAUGUCUCACCUGAAUCUCGAGUCGAGUUCAGUGCUGAUCGCCAUGAUAAAGAAACCAAAUACAUUGCUUAAUGCUUCUGCUUAUAUAGGAAGUAUAUAAUAACGGAGCUACAGCAUGUAUACGAACAAGAUUGUCUUAUGUCCAUGUAUAAUUUGAGGAGGAAAACCUCAAGUAAUACAGUUGUUUCAUUGGAAUGAAGUGUUUCUGACGUUCAGUAUACAAUAGCUGUUACACCAUCCUGCCAGCUACUUUACAACAUCAUGACAUUAACCACCCGUGUCCUUGUACGUGUAAACAUGCUGUCAACUAAAACACAAGGUUGGUCUGUAAGAUGCCACCCAUCUGUCACCAAUAACACAGUGGCAUUAAUUGAACAUCCAAGAAUAAAUACAACAUGUGGCUCCAGCUCCAGUUUACAGAACU